GGGAUGAUUUAGACCAUUAUUAUGAGCCGCCGAAGGCCAAUAGAUAUUUAGCUUUCUCCGGUGUGUAACUGUGCAGUGGAGUGUGCACUGCUUCCCUCUCGUCGCCUCCAAUUAUCCGCUCUUUUUCUGCAAAAAGAAGCCCAUCAACUCUUGUUGCACCCAGCCUUUCCAUCUCGUCGAAGAAACAUGGGAACCUCUACAAGUUUAAUAGAAAAAAUUUACGAUUCCUUCUCUGGCGGAUUACAUUUUGUGGAGCCAAUCGCAUCACUCCGGACAAAUGAAGUUGAUUUAGUGAAAGGAGUUUUGCAGAUGUUACAGGGUUUGUCCAGCUAUUUAUUUUAUUGGGAUGAUACAGGAGAAAAGUUUUUCCCUAAAAGAGGGAUUUUCGUUGCCCACCUGUCGCAGACAAGUCUUAAUCUCAUCCUCAAUCAGUUUACUUAUGCUGCAACAUCCUUAAAAAUAGUUGAAAUAAUUGUCAAUAAGGUUGAGAAAUCUGCGAGAGUUCCUCCACCCACUGUGAGGGCAUUUGUAUUCUCUAUCUCUACGUGGCUCAGAAGGCUACGUGAUGAUGCUCUGAAAGAGGAGAAUAAGAUAAGCAACUCAAAUAUGGGAACUUCUCCAACCCUCCUAGGAUUGUCCAAUUCUUUAUCAAAUCUGUGUGCAGGGGCCGAAUAUCUGCUACAGAUAGUGCAUGGGGCAAUCCCAAAAAUCUACAUUGAACAAGAUUCUUCCAUAUCUUCUGCUGAUAUUGCUGUGCAUAUUCUUAACCAUCUCUAUAACAAAUUGAAUGAAGUUUGUCUUUUGAAAGGGGGUGAGGAGGAUGCAUAUCGGAUGACGCUGCAUGUGUUUGCUGGAACUAUUUUGCCGUAUAUUGAAACCUUGGAUUCAUGGCUAUUCGAAGGAGCUCUUGAUGAUCCUUUUGAGGAGAUGUUCUUUUAUGCUAAUGAAGCAGUCACCGUUAAUGAGGCGGAGUUUUGGGAGAAAAGCUAUUUGCUGAGAUUGAAAAAUUCUGAGAAGCUUGAUGUGCUUUGUGAUUCUAUACCACUAACCAGGGAGAGAAAAGAUAUAUCCAUUCGAGAAUCAGUCUCCUUGGUCAACGGAAAAGAAAUACAGGGGACUGAUUGUUCAGCAUGUCCCUUGUUCAUGAAAAGCAUAUCAAGGACAAUCGUCUCUGCUGGAAAGUCUCUGCAGCUGAUCAGAUAUACUCCAUCAAUGUCUUUAAUAAGACCUAUUAGGGGUCAAGGGAGCAGUCAGAGAACCACAGCGUUAACCUUGUCAGAGAUAUUUUGCAUCUCUUUAGCAGCUCUUAUUGGCUAUGGGGAUCACAUCUCCGAAUACUUUAAACUGGAAAGUGAAGUCCGUCCAUCAUUUGAAUCAUUUAAUCAGGAAAUGGAGAAGAGCAUGUCUCUAAAUAUACCUAUGUGCUCAAACAAAGAAUGGUAUAAGCUGUUGCGAUAUACUUCUUGUCAAAACAAAAAGGAAUCCAAUAGUAAUGAUAAUGCAGAUGGCAUUGAUCUGAAACGGGAGAAGGUAACUUUACUGGGGAUAGAUGAGCUCCAGAAAACAUUUAUACCUGGAAAUCCAGCAAUGACUGUGAGCCGAAACUUUCUCCUUGAAAAUAGAGAUUAUUGGGAUGCCUUGAAUUUAUCUAAAAGUUACUUCCUGCCCCCUCUAGACGAUGAGGGGCUAAGAACUGCUAUAUUUAGUGAAAGCGUUGAUGUGUCUCUGACCCCUAAAAAUACCAACUACGUAUUUGGCUCACAGUUUGGUGAAUCUGAACGUAUUCGUAUGGAGGAGGAUUCUAAAUUUCUUCAAGAGUUGUUUCCCUUUCCAACUCUUCUUCCACCAUUCCAGGAAGACCUUCAACUUUCUGAUGUUUUACCUUUCCAAAAAAAUAGCACACUUCCAUCAAGAACCCUAAGCUGGAUUGAGAACAUUGAGCCAAAAUGCACUCCCCUUCCCUUGGUUAUUCUACAAGAGUGUCUCAUUAAUUUUAUCAAGAAACAGGCAAAUUGUAUUGGCAGGAAUAUAUUAUCAAAAUUACUAUGUGAUUGGAGACUUCUAGAUGAGCUGGGAGUCUUACGUGCCAUAUAUUUGCUAGGUUCUGGUGAUCUGUUGCAGCACUUCUUCACAAUGGUUUUCAAUAAGUUAGACAAAGGAGAAUCUUUGGAUGAUGAAUUUGAUUUAAACAUGAUUUUACAGGAAUCAAUACGUAACUCUGCUGACGCCAUAUUGAUUAAUACACCAGAUUCGCUGGUUGUGUCCAUCUCAAGAAAUGCUACUGAGGAUAAGAAAAAUAAUUUAGUGGUUCCUACUUUAACCCCCCGGAUAAGUCGAGGUCAGAACUUUGGUAUUGAUAGCCUUGAUUCACUGACAUUCACAUAUAAGGUCUCUUGGCCACUUGAACUUAUUGCUAAUUUAGAGGCAAUAAAAAAAUACAACCGGGUGAUGAGGUUCUUAUUAAAGAUCAGACGAGCAAAAUUUGUCCUGGAUAAAGUGCGAAGAUGGAUGUUGAAGGAUAGAAGCACUGCAACAGCUAAUCGCAAGCGACACUGGUUGUUGGAACAAAAGCUUCUCCAUUUUGUUGAUGCUUUUCACCAAUAUGUGAUGGACAGGGUGUAUCACAGUGCAUGGCGCGAACUGUGUGAAGGCAUGGCAGCAGCGGCAUCAUUGGAUGAAGUCAUUGAAGUACAUGAGGCGUAUUUGACAUCUAUACAGAGGCAAUGCUUUGUUGCUCCAGACAAACUCUGGGCAUUGAUUGCUAGCCGUAUCAACACUAUCCUCGGACUUGCAUUGGACUUCUACACCACACAGCAGACUCUGAACAGCGGUGGAAGUGUUUCAGCUAUCAAGGCAAGAUGUGAGAUGGAAGCAGAUAGGAUUGAGCAGCAGUUUGAUGACUGCAUAGCAUUUCUUCUCAGGAUUCUGUCUUUCAAGCUAAAUGUUGGACAGUUCCCUCAUUUGGCUGAUUUGGUUACUAGAAUCAAUUGCAACUACUACUAUAUGUCUGAUAAUGGAACACUAGUAACUACAUCUUCCAAGACUGGAAAAGUCUUCCAAGUGAAGAAAGAAUAAGCCAUCAGAGGUGGUUCUUAAGAAACUCUUCCUGAGAUUGUUGUGGUUAUGUAAGUAAAAGGAGUUGAGACUUGAGAGUUCUUUCACGGGUGCCCGUCAGGUGGCCUUAUGGGGUGCAACAAAGGCGACCACCCUAGGUCAGGAAAAGGAGAACAUUUUUAGGCUAAAUAUUAUGGUAUUUGUUAUGUAUGCUUUGAGAAGCCUUUUUGGCCCAAUAUUUCUUGCUUAUUUUUUGGAUGUAAAUACAACACUUAGUCAACUCAAAGUAUAUGUGUAAUUUGUUAGUUGCAUUCUCUUGGGGGUUUAGGCCUUUUAGUUAGCACUUUACUACCAUAAUGUUACAAUAUGAAUCAUUUGAUUAUUCAUUUAAUCAAGUAUAGAAAUGAAGUGCUUGAACUUGAUCUAAAUG